AUGGUCGAGGCGUAUGGCAGCUCUCCGGAAUGGAAACCGGAUUUUGUGUUUGUAAAGGCACCUUUAAGCUAUUGUCUGUCAUGGAAUCUCCGUAAGACAGAGGGCCUCGGGGCUAUAAAAGAUGAAUGGACCCAAGAGGAUGAGAAGUGUGUCGAGGAGUUCCAGGCAGAUCUCGAGAAGAUUCUGAGAUACUCGAAGGUCGUUAAGUGGAACGACGUCCAAUACUAUGUGCCCCCUGCAUAUCCAAAGGAAGGUGAUACAUUCAUUGUCGAGGGAGCAACCAGAAUUCCCCUCGAAAUCUCUGAAGAAGACAAUCAAGAAGAAGAAGAAGAAAGGAUUGUGAAGGUGGGUGAUAGGGCAAAAUCCAAGAAAGCCAAGACGGAUGUGCCCCUGAAGGAAACCGCUCAACCGAGCAUCGAGACAAUACCCGUUGCCACCGAGUCCGCACAGAAAACCAUGCGGGAGAGGGGGCCAAGCAUGGUUCCUCUUGUGGUAGGGAAAGGAAAGGGCCCUCUCGAGGGAGAAGCCAUAGUUUUGCCUCCCCAACUGUUCGAGGGAGGUCCGAUGGUGGCAGUUCACACCUUCAGUAACCCGCCUUCAAUCGAGUGUCCUGUUCUCGAGGAAUUCGCUGCCCAACUCAAUGAAGCUGACAGCUUGCGGUUGAUGAGUGCCGCCUUGAUGGCCUACUUAGUGCAGCUGAGGAAACUUCGAGAGGACCUGGCAAUAGCAAGGGCAGAAAGGGAUGAGGCGUUGUUCAAGGUGGUUACCCUCGAGGAGAAGGUUCACCAAGUUCAGGCCAAGGAAGCAGAGAUUGUCGAGGUGCAGGCCAAAUAUGACGAGCUCGACGAGAAGAUGAAGUCGUAUGCUGGUCUGCAUAUCUCCAAGGAAGAGCUCCACCAGUGGUGUACCGCCUUUAUGUAUAGAAUGAUGUCCACAGGCGGAAUGGCGGCAGCCCUCGAGGAGGUGAACUUGGUUGCCACCAAGUGUGGUGCGCACCGAGUGAGCGUGGCAGGGUUGAGGAGGCUCGACCAGGAUAGGCCAAUUAAGGCCAAAUGGUUCAAGCAACUCUUGAUGAAGGACACAAAGAAAACCAUGCACGAGGCCAUGGUGAAGGUCAUGAUGAGGUUGAGCCUCGAACAGCUCCCUCUGUGGGGAGCCUUGACCGGUGCCAUUUCUAAGAUGAGUUCCCCUGCAGAGAUUGCCUCGUUUCCGGGCGACGUCCCUGCUGUCCUGGCCAAGGGUCCGAGUGAGGAAGACCCCAUCCCUGAGGUUCCUGAUGAGUAUAUGGGCAUCGAGCUCGAGGAUGCUGAUGAGGACACCGAGGAGGACGUUGCUGAUACCGGUCACUCCGGAGUUCAAAGAACCGUUGAGGAUGACUCGCAGGCCCCUUCCAAUGAACCUUUCAAUGAUCCUCUUCCAGGCAGUGAUGUUGUAUGA